AUGAACAAGAAGAAACGAACCGUGGAUGAAGCAUUCAAGGCUUUGGAAGAACGUGAAUCCAGAUUUGCGAACUGGAGCAGAACGAUAAAGGAUGCUGCUGUUGAAAAUGCUGAGCUUAAAGUUAGAGUUGCAAAAUUAGAACAGAAGAAAUCGCAAACCGAUGAAAAGAACAACUUUAUCGUUAAAUCAGAUGAUGAUGCCAAGAUCAUAUCAUUGGAAGAUAAGAUGAUUGAUGAAACCCUGGAUGAGGCACAUAAGAAAAGAGAUGUCUCUUCUGACUUAUCACAUAACAAAGAAACUGUUAAGACUGUUAACGAUCAAGAUCCGAAAUUGUCACAUGAUACAGAAACCGUUAACGAUCAAGACUUGAGAUUACCACGUGGGGAAAAAACCAUUGCGAAUAUUAUAGAUGAGCAAGUUUAG